AACCGAAACACUUGGUGGUCCAAUACUAGAAUUGAAGCACUAUGAGAUUGAAUGUGUUGAACUUCUAUGUAAAGGGAAUCCUUGAUGCUCUUCAAAACUUCACACUGAUCUGAUCCACUUUUCUCUACUUUUCUACUUUCUAUUUCUUUAUAUCCUUUGAUGAAUGUGAAUCGUUUAGGUUGUUGUGGUUCUUGAAUACAUACUAACCAUUCCCAACAGUUGAAUAUCCAUCGAUUCAUCAUAUCGGAAGUUGAUUGGAUCGUUUGAUUCAUUCAUUCAUUUAAUUUUAAUACCAUGCACAGUUCAAGUUCUUCAUCGAUUCCUCAAGUUCAACCACCAAGCACUUCAUCCAUCACACCUAAUGUUCAACUUCAUCAAUCGAUUUUAAAACGAAAACGAAACCCAACCGAACUAUCAAGUCAUUCAUCUUCAUCAUCUUCUUGGUUUGGAUUAGCUUUUCAAUUUCCAUCAGUGAUCAAAAAAGAAUUUAAUGAUUUUGUGAAGACCAUCAAGGGUGGUUAUUCUCAAGCUAUGGAAGGUAACUUUAUCGAUCCUAGCCAUCAUGAACAACUUCCACCUCAAUCUUUGAUGUCUUCUUCUUCUAAUCAUCAAUCUAAACUCAAAAAAUCAAAUCCAAAUCGAAAUGAAUUCAAAAAAUCAAGUCGAUCUCAGACUAAUCCUUCCUACUCAACCGAUCCUCUAUCACACUUCAAGAAACCAAUCUCAAGCUUUCCAUUUCAAAGAUCAUCUAAUCGAAAGAAUAAUCAGACUACCAAUCCAUCAGAACUUAUCGAUCAACCUACUCCACCUAAAAAAUUAAGAUUAUCACAUUCAACUACUCAAGCUGGUCAUCCAUCAUCACAUUCAUCUUGUAGACUCUCAGUUUCAAGUGGACCUACUAGUCCACGUUUACUAUCCAUCAACGCACAACUUGCUUACCCCGGAUGUUCAUCAUCUUCUGUUGAUGAGAACAACAAGUCUAUCAUGCUAGCAUACAUCGAGGAGACACCAGCUUCUAUUCGAAGAUAUCAAUGUGUGGCUUUUGACUAG